AUGUUGUCUAAGUUGGCAAGUUUGUUGGAAGGGAGAAACCCGGAACAUGGAAAGGCCCCUGAGCAAAUGACUGGAGAACCACUUUAUCCUCCAGGGUUUACCUCGGUACAGUCUCAAAAUGUCCAAGGAACGUCUGUUCCUACCAAAGUGCACAUAGAUCCUCUCGGCGUUGCUGUGAAUCUUCAACCAGGACCUAGUUCGCACCCCGAAGAAAGUCUCUAUCACCAAGUCCCGGACCUUGAUGAAGAGGCCAAAAAGAAUGAAAACAAACACUUUCAGGAACAAUUCAAACAAUUAGCAAGUGAAGUCCAGGUUAUGAAGGAAGAGACACCAAGAUGGAGGGAGGUAGCAGUGCAAGUGUAUCCACCAUUGGAGGAGGGGGAAACAAAUAUACUUUUCAUUAGUACUUUGAAGGCUCCUUUUCUCUCACACCUUAUCGGUAUUCCUUCCCGAAGUUUCGCUGAUAUAGUUACGACAGGAGAAAUGAUCGAAAUGGCGAUUAAAAAUGGGAAGCUCGAGGGAGGAGAGUCCAGCAACAAAUCGCCGAUAAAGAAAAAGGAAAACGAAGUCACCCAGGUGAACCAGUACGAUUCCAGUAACAUCAUAAUGUCCCGAUCUCAGGGAACGGUGGCACCACCUCAAAAUGACAAUAGACAAGGGGCAAGGGACCCGAGGAGAGGGAGGCCUCAAUUUGAUCCAAUUCCUUGUGAUUACCAUGGUGGGAAUCCUGAACAUUCCAUUGAAAAUUACACUGCAUUAAAAAAAGUCGUUCAAGCUUUGAGAAGGAGGAAUGUUAUCAAUUUUGGUGACAGUGAACAACCAAAGGUAGCCCAAAAUCCAUUGCCAAACCAUGCUAGAACCGGGAUUAACGCAGUCACUGAAGAGAAAGGAAAGAGGAUUGUUAUGGAUGUUAGUGAGGUGGAAUCACCCAUGCUUUGGUAUAGCAGUGAAGAGGUGUGCCACUACCAUAAUUGCGCAGGACACAAUAUACAACAGUGUCCUGAUUUCUUAAAAUUGGUACAAGGGAUGAUGGACAAGAAAGAAAUCGAAUUCUUCAAAGAAGUGACUAAAAAAGAAAAAGCAGAGAUUUGCGCUUCUGAAGGAUCAUCCAAACGGAUACACAGUGUUGGUUGUCCCAUCGUCAUUACUCCCAAGAAUCAAGUAAAUGAAAGGGUAGCUCCUUCAAAUCUGUUCCCAUACAAAGAUAAUAAACAAGUGCCCUGGAGGUAUGAUUGUCAAAUGAGAGAGGGGGCAAAAAAACAAGAAGAAAUAAAUGAAGUAGGGCACUUGACCAGAAGUGGUAGGUUCUUUUUCAAAGAGCCAGAGAAGAAGAUUGCUGCUGAAAAAGGAAAGAAUGUCGAUGUUCAGAUAAAAGAAGACGAACUCAUUAUCAAUGAACUGGGGUUGAAUGAUGAAACAGUGGAAUUCUUAAAAUUUUUAAAACAUAGUGAGUUCGGUGUUGUGGAACAAUUGCACAAGCUGCCUGCCAGUAUUUCUGACCUAUCACUUAUUUUGAGUUCAGAGGCUCAUCGCAACGUCUUGAUAAAAGUUUUGGACCAUACCUUUGUCUCGAAGGAGUUACCCACAGAAAAGCUGGAGCGACUAGUUGCCAAAAUGCAGGCUGAUAACAUUGUAUCUUUUUCAAAUGAUGAGAUCCCUUUGGGUAUGAUUGACAAUCAUAAGGCUCUACACAUUACAGUUAGGUGCAAAGGGCACGUUUUAUCCAGAGUACUUAUAAGCGAUGGUUCAACGUUAAAUGUAAUCCCCUUGGUGACUCUAAAAAAGCUGCCAGUGGAUAGUACCCUGAUGAGAAAUUGUCAAAGUAUGGUUCGAUCUUUCGAUGGAACAGAAAGAGAAGUGUUAGGCAAGAUUGAUAUUCCUUUGACUAUUGGUCCAGCGACAUUUGAAGUGGAGUUUCUUGUGAUGGACAUCAAGCCUACAUACAACUGCUUAUUGGAAAGACACUGGAUUCAUCAGGCUGGGGCAGUUUCAUCAACUUUAUACCAGAGGCUAAAGUUCGUAUUUGAUGGAAGGCUGGUAUGCAUUCAUGCGGAAGAAGACGUUAUUGCUUCAGUUCCUGCAGCCCCAUAUGUUGAAGUGGAAGAACAAGCUGUUGAAUGUCCUUUCAGAUCGUUUGACAAUACCACGUUUGUGGCCGAAGGCAAGAAAAUCUCAGAGCCUAGAUCGUCAUACUGCACCAAAACGGGGCACAAACUGACCCUUGGAAGAGGGACCAAAGGUAUCCAAGGGCUAGGACGUCAGUUGCAAGGACCAGUUGGGCCAAAUUACCCUAUUGCUAAAAGAGACAGGUUUGGUUUAGGGUAUCAACUAACUUUGAAGGAAAAACAGAGGGGUAUCAAGAGGAAUCGGGAAUUGAGAGAGGCAAGAUUGACUGGUGAAGACCCAAGUUGGGGACCCAUGACCUUCCCGCCAUUGAGUGUCAUUUUCACAUCAGCAGGGUAUGUGUUUCAAAGGACUUCAAGAAGUGGUAAAGUGAUGAUUGAGAAUGCCUUGGAGGAUUUUGGCAUUAAUGUUGUAACCAAUGAGGAGUUUGAAGGAAUGAGAGCUACAUGCGUCUAUCCUGCACCCCCAGGCUUUGUGUUGAACAACUGGACUAUGGAGGAAUCGCCCUUAAGGGUUGAACAAGAAGAUAAACAGAUUUUGCCUCACGAAGAGCUUACAGAGAUCUGGAAUUUGGGUACGGAUGAGGAUAAAAGAAGUAAAGAUUGGUACCACCCUGUGUGCAGAAUGAAGGCAGAGCUUGAUAGAAUUACUUCCAGAAUUCAAGGAUGUAUUUGCUUAGUCAUACACGGAUAUGCCAUGUCUGGACACAAAAUUGGUGGUCCAUAA